GUUUGGCGUCGUCGCAUUUCUUUGGAGUUCACAAGUCCUUGAUAUAAACAAGUUGGACAAGUAGUUCCAAAACGAGGGAAGAUGAUCCGGCUAGUUCUAAGGGACUGUGUUGCGCAGGUCUACUUGCAUUGUCUCAUUGUUGCCCAAGCAGCCAUUGCAUGCAGACGCUGCAUUUGAUGCGCCACGUUCCAGGGUCAAAGUCCCUUGCACAAGCCAAGAAAGGGGUGGACUUAGUUGUGGCAAUGGGCAAGAAGCUGAUUGGAAGGAUUCCUCACAGCCAAGAGUGGACGUUAGAGCUUCGACGAAUCACCGAAAAAGUGAAUUUGGAAAUCCCUUCGCUCGAGCUUCCCAUCGCCCACUCCUUUGAGAUCCGUGACCGACAGGGGCAAGCCGUCGGACUCGAGUUGAGCGCCGUGUGUCCGGCACAGUUUCCCAUCGAAGUGCUCCUCAUUGCACCGAACGUGGACCUGGACCUUGACCAGGUGCUUCCUCGUGAUGACGCCCGCUUCAGAGAAGCUGAGCAAGUCAUGCCAUUGAAUCGAGGGACCUUUAGCCAGGUGCUGCGCAAGAUGGACAUGGUACGUGAGAAGGUGGUCGUGGUGAAGCAUUUGUCCAUCGGCCUCAUGUGGGAUGUCGGAGCCUUCCCUUGGGAGCGGGAGGUAACAGCUUUGAUGGGCUUAAAGCAUCCGAAUAUCGUGACACUCCUUGAGGAGCCAAUUUCGAUGAAGGAUUCCAUCCACUUGGUGCUGGAAAACAUGGAUGAGGACCUACGGCAAUAUAUCAAGAGGACACGGCCUUUGACGCUGAUCUCCUUGAGGCGUGCCUGGUUGCAGAUUCUGCGCGGAGUCUAUCACAUGCACAAGCUCAACUGGCUGCACAGGGAUCUGAAGCCCCAGCCUCGCAGAUUUUGUCCACUCUCCUCACAGCAGGAAUAUCCUGGUGAAUUGGAAGACACGCACCUUGAAGGUCGCAGACUUCGGCUUGAGCCGGAGGCAGACCAUUCAGAGCCUAGAAUGUUUUGGAUGGACUGGCACGGCUGGCGCGGGACCGCGCCAUCUGACCCAGGAAGUGGUGACCUUGUGGUAUCGGGCGCCCGAAGUUUUGUUGGGAGGUCACUACGACAAAAGUGUGGACCUGUGGUCCCUGGGAUGCAUUUUUGGCGAGAUGGUCACGCAAUGGCCACUCUUCGCCGGCGACUCCGAGCUUGGGCAACUCAUGUGCAUCUUUCAGAUGCUGGGGACUCCCUCGAACCAGUCCUGGCCGGGAGUCCAAUCUCUGCGGCACUACAGUCCUCACUUCCCCAAGUGGAGUGAAGGACGCUUGGCGGAGAUGCUCACUGGCAGGCAGGGGCUGUUGUUUCGGAGAUGGUUGGCUCAGGGGCUGUAAGGGAUGCUUCUCCACUGAGUGUGAAA